UUAAACUUUGUGUUCAAAUUUAGUUCCGCAGCCUCGUUUUGGAAAACGGCACGCCAUUUUUUACAUUAUACUACUGGAAAACAAACGCGUUAGCCGACACAAACAACCUUUGAUAGAGAAAGGAGUCUAUGAAUACGUAACUGAUAAGAAGAAAUUAAAGCAGAACAUUGAAAAUCAUGUCUUUCCCACCAAGACCACCAGUUGGAAUGCCACCAAUGACAGGCAUGAUGUCUACAGGCUACACAUUCACACCAAUGGGUAUGAUGCCAAUGGGUAUGGGUAUGAUGCCGCCAACAACAAUGAUUCGACCAGUUGUAACAAACGCCACAGCAACAGUGGUGACAAGACCAAAGAAACAACUCGUACCUCAAGAAAUAGAUAAAGAUGAUAAAAAAGAAGAGAAACCUCCAGUAACAACAGUGUUUGUUGGAAAUAUCAGUGAAAGAGCACCAGAUUCUAUGGUCAGAACUAUGUUACAGCGCUGUGGAAAUGUUAUUAGUUGGAAGAGGGUUCAAGGUGCAUCAGGAAAAUUACAAGCAUUUGGAUUUUGUGAAUAUGAAGAUCCAGAAGCCACACUAAGAUGUAUGAGGUUGUUAAAUGAAUGGGAAAUAGCAGAUAAAAAAUUAGUUGUUAAGGUUGAUGCAAAAACAAAAACUCUGUUAGAUGACUGGAAAAGCAAAAAGAAAAGUGAAGAAUCAAAGGAAGAUAAAGAGAAAAAUGGGGACAAAGAUGACAAAACUGAGGAAGGAGAGAUGAAAGAUGACAAAGAUACGCUAGACGAGUUUACUCUGAGAGAGGACAGAGUUGCUAAGGCUGGUCUUGAUGCAAUAAUGAGAGAAUACGCAUUUGAACUAGCAAAGGAACCAGCUACUGCCAAAACAGUUCAUGAACCAGUCAGUGAAAUCCCUAAAGUACCCAUGCCUCCAAUUAAACAGAAAGACGCUUCACAACUUAGAGAUACGGGUUUAGAUGAUCUAAAUAUGGAGGCAGACACUAAAGACCUGAUAAAUCGUGAAAUCCAGUCUUUCAGAAAUCUACACAAGGACAUUGAGGAUGUUGAGGCUGAAAAAGAAAGAGAACGUGAACGAGAAAGAGAGAAAGAACGACGUAUGGCAGAAGAACGACGUAGGAAGGAAAAAGAGCGAGAGUUGCAGCGUCUUAAAGAAUUGGAGAUGUAUGAAGAGCGAAGGAAAGCUACCAAGAGAAGAGAGAGUAGGAGUAGGUCACGGUCAAGGUCAAGUUCUCGUGGAAGGUCAUCCAGAAGGUCACGGUCGAGAGAAAGGGAGAGAGAAAGGGAAAGGGAUAGAAGAGCUCGAGACAGAGAGCUAGAGGAAGAGGAGGAAGCAUAUGAAAGAAGAAAAAUGGAGAAGAAAAUCAGGGAGAAGGAAAUAGCUUAUCAAGAGAGAUUAAAGAACUGGGAAGCCAGAGAAAGGAAAAAGGCAAGAGAAUAUGAAAAGGAGAGGGAGAGAGAAGACGAAAGAAAAGCUGAAGAGUUGCGGGAAGCAAGGAGGUUACGAGAAUUCUUGGAAGAUUACGAUGAUGAACGAGAUGAUCCAAAGUUUUACAAAGGCAGUGCUUUAGAGCGAAGAUUACGAGAAAGACAGAAGGAAAAAGAAGUUGAUUCAAGAGACAGAGCAAAGGAGAAAGAAGAGUUGGAGGAGAUCAGAAGAAAAUUAUUGGAGGAAGGUCAUCCUGAUCUUGAAGGAGAAAUGGCAAAGAUUGAGAGGGAGAGGGAGGAGCAUUUACGUCCAAUGUUACAAAUUAAUGAUAACAUUGCCCCACAUUCCCCAUCGGAAAGUUCAAGCGAGGAUGAACAUCCAGCAAGUCCUCCAAGAGAGCCGUCGGAGGAGGAGAGCCAGGAGAAAUUUACAGCACUACCAAACAUGAAACCAACACUACAACCUGUAGACGAGUCGUCACGGUCAGCUGGGGAAGCUUCUGCAGAUGAUGAGGCCUCUAGGAUGAGUAUAGGUUAUAGCGAAGAUAGUCAGCAGCCUGUUUAUGGUCCAAAUGCUCGUGAAGAUUCCAGACUAGGUUUUGGUGCUAUGAAAUUUAGUGCUAAUGCAUCUGGUCCAAACUCACCAACAGAACAAACCUCUGGUAAAAGAAAAAAGCUUACAGUUGGUGAUGUGUUUAAUCAAGAUGAUGAUGAUUCAUUAGACGGUGCUAAGAAACGUAAGCUUGUGCCACUGGACUACGGUGAUAGUGGGGAUGAUAGUGCUAGUGGACUCGAAGGAAAGAAAGCUACCAGUGCUGAGGAGAAACGUGCUAAAAUAAAGACAUUGAUAGAAAAUAUUCCAACCGCCAAAGAUGAAUUAUUUGCAUUCCAGCUGGACUGGAGAAUAGUAGAUCAGAGUCUAAUGGACAAGAGGAUCAAGCCUUGGGUUAACAAAAAAAUCAUAGAAUACAUUGGGGAAGAAGAACCGACGUUGACAGACUUUAUAUGUCAGAAGGUGAUGGCUCAAAGUCCACCACAAAAUAUACUCAAUGAUGUAGCUAUGGUUUUGGAUGAGGAGGCAGAGGUAUUUGUAGUGAAGAUGUGGCGAUUACUUGUGUAUGAAACAGAAGCAAAGAAAGCAGGACUAGUGAAAUAAUGAUGCCGAACUGUAGACUAACAUUGUACAGUCUGUGUCUAUAUUUGUGAUGAUUCUUGAAUCAUUCAAGUAUCAGAUGGAAGCGGGUUCUUCCUGUGAUAGUAGGGAUAAUUGGUCAACAUUGAUGUCACUUACUGCUGAUGUCAAACCUUGUGAUAAGAGAUUAUAUCUGACUUUGAAUGAUAUGAGAUCUUGCCAGGCAUCUCUACCCGUGAACAGUUGCUGGCGGAUAUUCUAGGAUAUUUGUACUUGAAAUGUGAUGAAUUACAAAAGUGUGAGGUGAUGAUAUUGAUUUUGGUUAAUAUUUGAAGAUGAAAACAUUGCAUUUCUCAGUAAGUCCGCAUGUUUGGAAUAGCAUUUGUUUCACUACAUAUGUUUAUGAAUUAAUGAGUUCGCGCAGUAAUGUAACUUCAUAAAACAUUAGGAUGGAAUAAAGAAUUAAACAUGGUAUAGCUUUGUUAUAUAGCUAUUACAAAGGCUUGAAACUGAAUAAUCAAUUAAUGACUUACUGCUUAUUUUAGAAAUUUUUGUUUUGUUUGUGAUUUGGUAGCAUGUUUAUAUAUGACUAUAUUAUGUGAUGUAUACUAAAUAAGAGGUUGAUCCAGGAAACCUGGUUACAAGGGAAACUUUAUAUGAAAUAAGCUAGUUUUAUUAACAGGUCAAAAGGACAUAUUUCAAUCAACAUUUUUAGUAGCGGAAAUUGGUCCCAUAAACUUCUAACUGAAUGAUUUUAAUAUUUAUGGUAUUCAUAUCUUGUUCACCCAGUGAUUUGAUAUUGGUUAUUGUUACUAUGUGACAGGGGUAAAUCAUUCAAAUUAAUAUUUAUAAUGUUAAUGCUCAACAAUAAUGCAUACAUGUUCAUCCAGAAAUCAAUGAAUAAAAUGCAAAUUCUUCA